UUCUUCUCUCAUACUCUGUUUUCAAAAAAUUCAAAAAUAUUUAUCUUUCUCUUCCUAUUUCAUUCAUAUAUUUUGAUGCAUAACUAUAGAGCCUUGAUUUUUGAUGUACUUUAAGAUUCAUGACUCCAGUAAUCAGUGAAGUUCUUCUUUCUGGUUUUACAAUUAACUCAACGCUUCGUCGUGGAACUCACUUAGUCCAAUCCUUCUCUGUUGUCUUCCUCUACUGGUUCUACGUGUUCUCAUGAAAAUACUCUGUUUUAUCCUCGCUAACAAAAGUUAAACUUCUUGAUUCUGAUUUAGUUAUUAUUACUGAUAUUUAUUUAGUUAUAACGCGUUAAAUUACUAGUAUUAUGGCUUCUCCUAGUGGAAAUUCUUCAUCAGGGUCAGAUGAUCUGCAACAACUAAUGGAUCAAAGGAAACGUAAAAGAAUGAUAUCGAACAGGGAAUCAGCAAGAAGAUCAAGAAUGAAGAAGCAGACGCAUUUGAAUGAAUUAAUGGCUCAAGUGAAUCAACUGAAGGAACAAAAUAACCAAAUUGUGAGUAACAUAAAUAUGGUGAAUCAGGUUUAUUUGAAUGUGGAGGCAGAGAACUCUGUUCUCAGAGCACAAAUGGCAGAGUUGAGUAAUAGGCUACAGUCUUUAAAUGAGAUCAUAAAUUGCAUCAACUCAGCAAAUUCAACAAUUGAUGAAACAGAGAUUAAUUGUGAAGAUGAUUUCUUGAAUCCUUGGAAUUUGCUACAUGUGAAUCAGCCAAUUAUGGCUUCUGCUGAUGCUUUCAUGUACUGAUUUAGUAUCAUUUUGGUCAUUGAAAAGUCGAUUUUUUUAAAAAAAGACAAUGUUGUUGUUGGGAUUCUUGGAUUGGCUCUAGAUGAAGGCGCUUGGUUAGGUUCACUAAUAAAUAAUUGGAUUUGAUAAAAUA